AUGUCACUAUCACUUCUUAAUUUAUCGGCGUGCAGGCCACUAAUUACUAGCAGUGGUGGCACUGCUAGAGCCGCCACAGCUACACUUUCCGCUGAUAGAGUCCUCCUUUGCCCACGUAUUAUCUGGCGUGGUGUCAAGGCCGGAUGGUAUACGGGGCCCAAGCGCGGUGCCAAACCUCUCAACUAUAACCUCGGAAGUGGCCUUCCUCAGCUUACACAGUCGCCAGAUGCAGCACUUGCUCGCCUCGACCAUUCUCUCCCGCGUCGCAGCGGUGUUCUCGCAAUCAAAAAGGGCAUGACAGCUCUCUACAAUCCCGAAACAGGUCGACGAACAGCCUGCACUGUGUUGCAGAUGGAUCGGGUCCAGGUAGUUGCACACAAGACGCGCGAGCAGCAUGGAUACUAUGCCGUACAGGUCGGCAGUGGCUGGAAGCCGGCUGACAACGUCACUCGGCCCCUACUUGGCUACUUUGCACAUCAGGCUGUCAGCCCUAAGCGUCAUCUAGUUGAAUUUCGGGUUCGCGAUGCAACGGGACUCCCAGAUAUUGGUCACAUGCUGGCGCCAGACUGGUUUAAAGAAGGUCAGUUUGUCGAUACGCGUAGCGCCUCGCGAGGUAUGGGGUUUGCCGGCGGCAUGAAGCGUCACAAUUUCAAGGGCCAGCCCGCUUCGCACGGAAACUCCAAAACUCAUCGAGCAAUGGGAUCGGCAGGCGCUUCGCAGGGCGGUGGGUCGCGUGUAUUGCCAGGAAAGCGGAUGGCUGGGCGUAUGGGCGGAAAUCAAGUUACGAUUCAAAAUGUCAAGGUACUUAAGACAGAUAUAGAGAAAGGGAUUUUAGUUCUAAAUGGAUGCAUCGCCGGCCCCAAGGGCUCCCUCGUACAAAUUCAAGACGCUAUUAAGAAGUCAUGGCCAACCUUUCCGCCAAAUACGACCGCAUCAAGCGAGUCUACCGCAACGGUUUAG